GCACUCGCACAUCUCUAUUUCAUGUACAAAGUUUCUUUUUAAUUCUGAUUUGUUUAAUUUGCAAAUAUGACCGCUGUACCUCCACCCGCAAGUAUUGCUACACUUAUGCCACUGGAGCUUGUGGACAAAUGCAUUGGCUCAAGGAUACACAUUAUCAUGAAGAAUGAUAAGGAAAUGGUGGGUACGCUGUUAGGAUUUGACGAUUUCGUAAAUAUGCUCCUGGACGAUGUCACGGAGUACGAGAAUACGCCCGAUGGACGCCGCAUUACUAAAUUGGAUCAGAUUCUGUUAAAUGGCAACAACAUCACAAUGCUGGUACCUGGUGGUGAGCUGGCCGAGUAGCAAACUCUUAUUUUUCAUUCAAAACUCAAUUAUACAAAUAAAAUUAUAAAACAAAAUAUGUAUGCAAUUCUA